AUGAAGCCUUAUUCUGAUGGCGAAUUAUAUAAAACGGCAAUCGAAAUAUUUGCAUCGGAAUGUUGUUCGCCCGCUGUUUUCGAUAUUGCACACAAUUUACCUCUAAGUAACGAUACAAAACAAAUCCCCGAACUCCACUUUGAGGAGGACUCGGACAUCCUCAUCGCUGGAGCAGGCGUGUUCGGUUGUGCCUUUGGGUAUGCCAUGGCUCAACUCGGCCACAAAGUCACAAUAAUAGAAAAAGACAUCCACAAUAACACAUCCAAAUUACUGGGGGAAUAUCUCCAGCCUGGAGGAAUACUAGCCUUGGAAAAACUCGGAAUGAAGGGUUCUUUCACUUCUAAUUUAUCCUCACAGAUUGUAUCGAAGGAACUCUGGAAACGAAGGGAUAUGUCCUCCACCACCACGACUCGGACAGCCAAGCAGCUUAAUAGACUUACCAUAAUUCCAGGAAAUGUCACCAGAAUUGUCAAAACGGCGGGAAUUGUGGUUGGUUUUGAGUAUGAAAAUGGCGGGAAACAAAAAGCCAGACUGAAUGUGAUAGCGGAUGGUGGUCUAUCCAAAUUACGGUCCCAAAUCCACCAAAAAACGCGGGAAACUCGAUUUUCGUAUUUCAUUGGUUGUGUGCUCGAGGACUGUCCUCAAACAAGAGAGGACUACGCAGACAUUAUCCUCACUGACUCUUCUCCUAUUCUUGUUUAUCGAAUAUCCAAAUCACAGUCUCGGCUUUUUGUGGAUGUUGUGAAAGUCCCGACUAAUAUUCCUGCCUUUAUAUAUGAGGAGAUUAUUCCCCGAUUGCCUGGUUGAGUUACUGGGGUCAUAUAUUUAAGAAAGUAUGCGACCUUCUGUUGAGGAUGCUGUGAAUAAUGCAGAUAUGAUGG